AUGCAUCGCACAUACUCCAUGCGCCAGUCGCGGGCGCCUACCGCUUCGCAGAUUCAGAACCCUCCGCCACCGCCCUCCACCACCAAAAGCGGACGACUCUUCGGUCGCGGAGGCUUCGGCCAUGCGCUCAGAAGAAACGCUGCCGGCGCUUUCGGGCCCGACCUGUCCAAGAAGCUGUCCCAGCUCGUGAAGAUGGAGAAGAAUGUCAUGCGUAGCAUGGAGACCGUCGCCAGAGAGCGCAUGGAAGUUGCGCAACAACUUUCCCUCUGGGGCGAGAACUGUGACGAAGAUGUGUCGGAUGUUACGGAUAAGCUUGGUGUACUUCUUUAUGAGAUUGGCGAGCUGGAAGACCAGUACGUCGACCGUUACGACCAAUACCGUGUUACCGUCAAGAGCAUCCGCAACAUUGAAGCAUCUGUGCAGCCCAGCAGAGAUCGGAAGCAGAAAAUUGCCGACGAGAUAGCCCGCCUCAAGUACAAGGAGCCCAACUCGCCCAAGAUUGUCGUUCUCGAGCAGGAGCUCGUCCGCGCCGAAGCCGAAUCGCUUGUCGCCGAGGCCCAGUUGUCCAACAUUACGCGCGAGAAGAUUAAGGCGGCGUACACGUACCACUUCGAUGCCCUGCGCGAACAUAGCGAGAAGGUGGCUAUCAUUGCUGGCUAUGGAAAGCAUAUGCUGGAGCUGAUCGACGACACACCUGUGACGCCCGGCGAGACCCGUCCGGCCUACGACGGCUACGAGGCUAGCAAGGCUAUCAUCCAGGAUUGCGAGGACUCUCUGACCAACUGGGUCAGCCAAAACGCAGCCGUGUCUGCAAAGCUCUCCACACGCGCGCGCACGCUGUCCACUCGUCGCCGCAACCUUAUCAAGGCGCGCGCUGAGGGCAACGGCCACGACCUGUCUGCCCAGGACACGCCCCUCCACGACCGCGACCAGUGGGUCUCAGCCACCGAGCACAGCGAUACUAAGUACGUCGACGAAGGCGAAGACGACGAAGACAUUGAGGCUGAAGAAGAGGAGGACGACAUUCACAGCCGACACUCUGUGCUCGACAACGACACCAGCCUAAAUGGCGAGAGCCGUGGCCGGACACACCAGGCCAUUGCUGCAUAA